CGAGCUGUGAUUCAGAUUCGUACGACGAAUGUGCAUGAUCUGCAAUAAUGUCGAUAUCAUCGGUUGAAGAAGUAGAUCGCAAGAAAGGCUGAGCAAGCAGAAAGCGUUUAGACAGAAAUAUGCGACGAAUUUUGCUUCGAUGAACCGAAAGUAAUGUAGAUCGAACUAUUUAUCAGCGCAAUUACAGCAGCUUUGUUCUAUGACGUAAUUGUCUCAAGUACAGCGGUAUAAAUUCAGAAGUUUGCGUUUGUUAUCGUUUUUUAAAUUAACGCCAUUCAUCAUAAACGUCUGGAUUAAACCGUAGAUCUAGCGUUUUCGCAGUCGUUACGAAUUUUUGAGCAUUGAUAACAUUCCGUACAAAAUGUUUUUAUUAUUGUGCGUAAAUAUUUUGUCUGUUAUCUAUUGGAAUGCGGCAGCAACUCCUUCAUGCAGGGAUGAAAAUAAUCAGAUCGUCGAUUGGUAUGUACUUUAUAAGUUACCAAAGGUGUCACAAAGUAGCAAUCCUUUGAUUAGAAGCGGAUUAGCAUACUUAUAUAUAACUAGCGAAACUAUUAACAAGGCUAACGGGGGUUGGCAAUUAUCUACGAAGAAAAUUAGUGAUAAAAAUUCUAUACCAGGAAACACGUUGUCACCUUUAUACAAUGAUACAGAGGCUAUGAAAGCUUUCUGGAUUUUGUAUAAUGAUGAUCCGCCUAAUAGACCUUCUAAUGGAAAAUAUGGCCAUACGAAGGGCGCUGUGGUAGCGAACAUGCAACAAGGUUUCUGGUUGAUACAUAGUGUUCCGAAUUAUCCACCUGUACCCAGCAGCGGUAAUGACAUAAGACAUAAGAGGGGACAAGAUGUGCAGAAGAAUCCGGCCCCGGGAAAUCGGUCUGAGUACGAUUAUCCAUCAUCCGGGAAGAAUUACGGACAGAGCUUCCUGUGCAUCUCUGUGAACGGCGAUCAAUUCAACUUAAUCGGUCAACAGCUGAUCUACAGAGAGAUACUAGUAUAUAGGAAAAACACACCUAGCCCGUUCGCCCAGUCAUAUUCAGUGCUUACAGACGCAGCCAACCAAAAGCGAAUCAGAAAAGCACCCUUCAGCAGCAAAUUGAUACUAAAAUCAUUUAACAACAUUACAUUUACAUCAUUCGCCAAGAGCGACAAGUGGCCGCAUGAUUUAUAUGACAAAUUUGUCGCACCAACUUUGCAAUCUAAUUUAUUAACGGAAACGUGGUUGAAUGGACGGGGUAAAUUACCAUCAGAUUGUGAGCGCAUAAAAGUAUACAAUAUCAAAUCUAUAUUAAUUCCCGUGCAAGAGUUUAAUAUUGAGUUUAAGAGCAGCCACGAUCAUUCAAAGUGGGCGGUGGCAACUGAAAAUAAAGCUAAUCAAACUUGGAUUUGUAUCGGUGAUAUCAAUCGAGCGGACACUCAAUAUCAUCGAGGCGGCGGAACUGUCUGUUUUAAUCAUCCGAAAGUCUGGAAAAAUUAUCGAUAUAUCGUGAAUGACGUAGAAUUAUGUCCUAAGCAGUAUUCGGCAAUUUUAGCUUAACGCAUUUGUUUAUAAUCUUGUUUAAAAAAAUUAAAAUGUUGAGAGAUUUGAUUACAAUGGUAACAAUUAUUUGUCAAUAAAAUUUUAAGCAAUUA